AUGUCCGCAACAUUGAUAGCCAACGCACGUAUUUUCAACGGCGUAUCCGUUGUGACGGAAUCUGGCCAUGUUCUAAUUGAAUCCGAUCGCAUCUCUCGAAUUUCGCUGAAAGAACCACUUUCGAUACCUGAAGGCUGUACCGUCGUCGAUGCGACAGGAUGCACUCUACUCCCCGGUCUUAUCGAUGCUCAUGUGCAUGUCAAUCAGGAUGUCGGGCUUUUGGAAACCGCUAUUCAAUAUGGAGUUACCACCGUAUUAGACAUGCACAACGAACCGGAGUGGCUUCAGAGUAUCAGCAAGGUGACCCACCAACGAAAUGAUGUCUCUGAUGUCAAGUCUUGCGGAUUUGGAGCUACAAUCAAAGACGGUUGGCCGGCUGCUAUUGUUAAGCUGGUUUCGCAGGAGCCGAAUGUCGAGGAGAGAAUAUCCAAGUGGCCCAACCUCACAGACAGGGCAUCGAUAGAAGGAUUCAUUACCCGAAAUCGCGCUGCAGGUGCCAGCUUUACUAAACUCAUGCAAGAAGAUGGCCACACCCUGAAUCUGCCCUUCCCAACCAUUCCAGUGCCAACUCCAUCCGUGGAAAUCCAAAGAGCAAUCGUGGAUGCGUCGCACGAAAAUGGCAUGCUUACGAUUGCCCACGCGUUGACCAAUCAUUCGACACUGUCCGUACUCCAAGCCGGAGUUGAUGGGCUGACUCACGCAUCAAUUGAACCAAUCAACGAGAAAGUCGUCAAAGCAUUCAAGAAAAACAAUGCCUUUCUAGUUCCUACACUAGCUGUUCAUGCUUCCUGCAGUGGUGAAGAGCAAGAAUCCCGUGAAAGGUUCUCCGCUCACUUGGAAGGCACCGCGAAAGAGCAUCUUCAGGGAUGUCUCCAUAUUACUCGGGAAGAAUUCACUAUUAAGAAUGUGUAUGAGCAAGUCUAUACUCUGAAGGAGGCGGGAAUCGAUAUUAUUUGUGGAACGGAUACAUCGACUGACCUUACUGGUACUCGAGCCGGUGCUUCGGUCCAUCAUGAGUUGUGGAUGUAUGUCAACCGUUGCCGCUUCACGCCUCAAGAAGCACUUUGCUCGGCAACAUCAAAGACAGCCGACCGGUUUAGAUUGGCUGAUCGGGGCAAGAUUGAAGAGGGUCGUUUGGCAGACCUGUUACUUGUUGCUGGAAAUCCGGCAGAAUCUAUAGAUGCCAUUGUCAAUGUUCAAGGGGUUUGGAGGAAUGGAGAGCGGCUAUCUAGUAUGAACUAA